GUUCAGAAGUCAAAACUAAAACACUAUACACAAUUAAACUAACGUUGUACAGUUUCAGGCAUGGUCAUUUUGUUAAGAGCGUUCUGCAGUUCUGUGGGGCAUGGAUUUAGCUGUAUAUGAGGAUUGCAAGCAGUCGAGUUGUUAAUUUUAAUGCGUGGAAAUCCAUAAUUUGUAUCACAUUUUUCUAAACUUAUUCAAGGAAGCAUAAGUUUCAAAAAUAUUAGUGUAUACUCAUUUUUAGCUAAAGCAUGGGACUAUUUUGGUAGUGUAAGCCUUUUGUACUCAGGUUGAUUCAAAAUUCUUAGUGUCAAAUAAGUACUGAGAUGCCUACAACUAAUACUAGGACAACAUAAGAGGAACAACACUAAGGGAACUGUCUAUUUGUACAUUACAGGCUCGUUGAUGAUCUUAUAAAGUUGUUUAUUUGAAGAAGAAGGGAUAGGUUUACGUAACUAGAAAACAUAUUCCUAAUCCCAGCUGUGAAAGAAUUCUUCCUUUUCUUGAAUUUCAGGGCUAACGUAACCUAGCUACGAUCUUUCCUUCCUUUUCUUGUUUAAUUCAACGAUUAAAACCCAAUGGACAUUCAGAACCUGAUUCUUCUUGAGUUAACGGGUGGAAGUUAUUUUAAAUCAGAUAAAUUGGCUGAAAAGCUUGGAGUCGAUCAUCAAGUAGUUGUUGGAGGAAUAAAAAGUUUGGAAAACUAUAGUGGGAUAAUUGAUUGUAAAGAUGUGGUCGAGGUUAUUUUACAGUUAACAGAUGAAGGUGAUGAGAUUCUAAACAGUGGUAGUCAUGAAUACAGAGUAUACUGUGCUAUUCCAGAAUCAGGGAUACCACAAAGUGAUAUUUUGAAAAUGUUUCCAGGUGCUAAAAUAGGUAUUAGCAAAGCCCUUUCGUCGAAGUGGGUAUCACUAGUUAAGAAUGAAGCUGGUGUACCUUAUUUGUAUCGUUUGAUUCCAGAAGUCAAGGAUGAUGUACAACAUUUAUUGUUAGAUGUAAAAGAAUCUAAACGUCCUCUAUCAGAUAACGAGAAGUCCCAAUUGAAAAAACGAAAACUAGUUACCGAAUCAAAGCGCACAUCCUACUUGGUACGAAAAGGCCCAUCAUUUUCAACAAAUAUAAGAUCUGAAGAAACAGAUUUAUCAUCUGAGUUGCUUUCCAGUGGGGAAUGGCAAACAGCUCAAUUUAAGGCUUAUAACUUUUACUCUCUUGGUGCCGCUUUACCAUCUGGACAUCUUCAUCCUCUUCUGCGUGUACGCUCAGAAUUCUGUAGGAUACUUUGUGAUAUGGGGUUUUCAGAAAUGCCUACGAACAAUUAUGUUGAGUGCAGUUUUUGGAAUUUCGAUAGUCUUUUUCAACCACAACAACAUCCUGCUCGAGAUUCUCAUGAUACAUUUUUCCUUGCAGAUCCUGAGAUUUCAGAUAUCAACAAUACAGUUGAAUCUUGUUACAUUGAUAAAGUUCGUACUGUGCAUAGUCAAGGUGCUUUUGGUAGUCGAGGCUAUCAGUCACCAUGGCUAAUAGAGGAAGCGGAGAAAAAUUUGUUGCGUACACAUACAACAGCAGUGAGCGCCCGAAUGCUUCAUGCAUUAUCUAAAAAGAAUCCAUUUACUCCAGCUAAAUAUUACAGUAUUGAUCGUGUAUUUCGAAAUGAAAAUCUGGACGCUACUCAUUUGGCAGAAUUUCAUCAAGUUGAAGGUCUAGUCGCUGACUUUGGUCUUAGCUUAGGCCAUUUGAAAACUGUAAUUCGAACUUUCUUUUCAAAGUUAGGACUUACGCAACUGAGAUUUAAACCAGCAUACAAUCCAUAUACUGAACCGAGUAUGGAAAUUUUUAGUUAUCAUCCUGGUCUCAAGAAGUGGGUAGAAAUAGGUAAUUCUGGACUAUUUCGUCCGGAAAUGCUUAGACCAAUGGGGUUACCUGAAGGAUUGUCUGUUAUAGCUUGGGGAUUGUCUCUGGAACGUCCAACUAUGAUUCGAUAUGGUUAUAAAAAUAUUCGUGAUUUAAUUGGUCCAAAAAUUGAUCUUAAUAUGAUAUACAAGGCACCAUUGUGUCGAAUGUAUAAGUGUUAGCGCCUGGUCUCAUACUAUUUAAUAUCGAGUCUUAUUCCAUUGUGAUUUAAUUUUUGGCAUCGGUUGUUCUUGCAAACUUUUGGAAGAUAUUUUGCAUGUCUGUAAAUGUACUUUGCUGUACGUACUAUUGAAUAUCCUUGAUAAGAUUAUAGAAAGCCAAUUAUUUCUAACUUGAAAGUUUGCCUGUCUGCUUUGUAAUUUCAACCGUUAUGAUGUAACAUUUGUAUCUUGAGUCAAUGACUUACUAGUGUAAACGGUCGAUAGGUUCAGACCCAACUCCACCUUACACAUUAAACUAUUGGUGGUGUAUUUGACCACUACCUAAACUCAUUUUCAAUCUCUAUCAUGAUUAUCAUUAUCACAAAAUAUCGGUGUCUUCCAGUACUAAUAAAUUCUAUAGGUGGUCGUGUUAGGUUCUAUCAUACUUAAGAAGUCGAUUGUAUGCGUAAAAUGUUUUGAAGGUACUUAAUCAGGAAAACUUUUGAUUUUUCUGUCUUACUACAUUCUAUAAUCCCUUACUUUUGUGUCAGUGUUAACUAACAUCUGGGAUAUCCCACUGUAUGUUCGUUCAGUCAGGCUAAUUGCUUAUUAUAACCAUGCAAUAAUA